AUGGUUGUGCUAUCUGAAUUCGAAAGACAAAGACAGGAGAAUAUCCGUCGGAACAAGGAGCUUUUGCGCCAAUUGGACCUUGACCUGAUCCAUGACUCGAUCGCGCGAGAGGUUCCUGAUGAGAAACCCAAACUGGUCAAGAGAAGGAAGCCUUCUCCCAAAGUUAAACAAGAGAUAGAACCUUCAAGAAGAUCAAGAAGAAUAGCCGGGAUCAACAUGGAGAACACGGAGGAGGUGCAGAAGAUGAGGGAGGAGGAAGAAGAACGUGACCGGCGGCGAAAGGAGAUGGAGAGGCUCAAGCAGACGCGUUUAUAUGGAGACUUCCAAUUGCUUGAUCUCAUCACUGAUAGGAAGGGCAAUUUAAAGUUUGAGGACAAGGUGCUUGGGGCCACGAAAUCUGACGGUACCAAUGAUCCUUCUGUGAAAUUAGAGACAGAAACAGCUGAAGAAGUUCUUGACAUCAGCAGUGACAAUGAGGUGCUCAAGCUCUUCCGGGAAUUGGGUGACAAGAUGUCAGCAGGCGACUUCUACGACUUGAUCCGCCGGUCAGACUUGGCGUACACCGACAAGAUUCUACAGGCCAAGCGCAAGGAGUUUGACGAGUUGAAAGUGUUGGAGAAAUUCGAUCCCUUGGACAUCAAAAUCACCCACCAGCGGAUCACCUCACUCAACUUUCAUCCAUCCACAACCGGUCGGGUGAUAGCCGGUGGGGACACCAAUGGAAACGUCGGGAUCUGGGCGGUGGAUGCGCUGGGAGAUGAUCCCACCAUCUCGAUUGUCAAACCUCACGGGAAGUCAGUGUCCAAGAUCUUGGCUCCGUUCAACGCCCCGUCGCAGUUCUUAACGGCCUCGUACGACGGCUCGGUGCGGCGAAUGGACUUGAACAAGCUCGAGUCGACAGAGGUGGCGUACUUGAACGAUCCGUACGAAUCUAGUGAUUAUCCUCUCGGAGUGUCUGAUAUCAACGUGUGUAUGGACAACCCCAGCAUUCUUUAUAUGACGACGCUCUCGGGGAAUUUCUACCAGCACGACCUCCGAACCAAGUUCAAACUCAAUGGCAAGCAGUUGUUAAGGCUUCACGAUAAGAAAAUUGGGUCUUUUGCAAUCAAUCCAAACGCGUCGCACCAAAUUGCUUCUGCUUCAUUAGACAGAACUCUUCGGAUCUGGGACUUGAGAAAUGUGGGGGCCGCAUCGUGGUCCGAGUUCGACACCAGCCCAAGCCCACAUCCCUACGGAGCGUACGGGUCUCGGCUCUCUGUUUCAUGUGUGGAUUGGAACCUUGAGAACCGCAUUGUCUGCAAUGGCUACGACGACAAUAUUUGUAUUUUCGACUUGAGCGGCAACAAACAACAACCGGCGGUGACACAGUGGAGCACAGACUACCAGGUACCAGGAAAGAAAACCCAAAAGCUGGAGGAGGACGAAAUACCUACGAAUCUUGAACCUUUUACCAGGAUAAGGCAUAACUGUCAGACAGGCCGGUGGGUAUCGAUUUUAAAAUCCAAGUGGCAGGUGGCACCCGAAGAUGGGGUGCAGAAGUUUGUCAUUGCCAAUAUGAACCGAGGGUUCGAUAUCUACGACCAAAAGGGCCAGAUAUUAGCACACUUAACGGGACUGAAUGUGGGCGCUGUUCCCGCCGUGUGCUCGAUGCACCCGACUCAAAACUGGUGCGCGGGUGGCAGCGCCAGCGGGAAAGUUUACAUGUUUGAGUAA